UUUUUUUUUUCAUGUCUAUGCGUUUCGUGCACUUUCUGACGAACGACAACGUUAGGGGUAUCUGUCAGCCCGUAUAUUUUGAGGUUUUAAUAUCAUCAUCAUCAAGUGAACCAAUAACAGAAGAAGACGGCUGUCUCCCCUCCAAUCGCUUCCAGCGGCAACUGUUGGCAAUACUGCUUUUUUCAGAACAUGGCUGCAGGUAGAUAUCUGUAGUUGCCCGCGGUGCGCUGCGUGAUCUGCGUGACAAAACUGGAAGCUUUUCUAAGUAUGUGGAUUACAGGUAAGACAGAUCAGACUUCUCAGCGAGACGCAAUAUUCAACGACCUCUACUCGGAAUGUAGACUCGCCCCACCAGGUGCUCGACUCUCGUACCUAGUUCGCAAUAAGAUUGAGCGUCUCACGCGAGAAGAGCGGAAGGACAUCGUUUCGCGUCUUCGAGAAGGAUGUGCACCAUUGUUCGUCGCAUGCAAGAAGGGCAACUCGGACAUUGUAGAGUACCUGAUAACCAUGUGUGGAGCUGACUUGGAACAACGAGGUGUUUACGAAGUGACCGAUGACCGCUCGAUCCACUUUGUGACGCCGCUGUGGUGUGCGGCAGUGGCAGGCAAGCUGGCAGUCGUGAAACAGCUGAUCGACUAUGGCGCGAACGUGAACAGUGUUUCGGACACCGGCUCAACGCCAGUGCGCUCGGCGUGCUUCAUGUCGCACCGCGAAGUGGUCAUGUACCUCGUGAACCACGGUGCCGACAUCCUGAAACCGAAUUACAACGGCGGCACCUGCCUUAUCAACUCGGUGCAGAGCGUGAGCCUGUGCCGCUUCCUGCUGCGCCGCGGCGCGGACGUGAACGCGCAGGACGUGCAGCUCAAGACGGCGCUGCACUACGCCAUCCAGGAGCACCGGUUCGACACGACGCGCCUGCUUCUCGAGCAGCGCGCCAACCCGUUCCUGCGCAGCCGGUACGGCGACGACGCGCUGCAGACGGCCUGCCUCAAGGGCGCCGCGCAGAUCUACGAGUACCUGGUGAGCACCGUCGAGUACAGCGCCGCGCGGCGCGCCGAGGCCGACGAGCUGAUGGGCACCACGUUCCUCGACGAGCACCACGACGUCCAGUCGGCGCUCUUCUACUGGCGGCGGGCGCAGGCGCUGCGCGCGCGCGACGCGGUGCCCAAGCCUCUGGGCGGGGCGCGGCGGCCGGCCUUCCAGAUGGCCUCCGAGUACGCGAGCGCCGAAGAGCUGGACGCGCUGGCGCACGACCUGGACGCGCUGCGCACCCAGUCGUUGCUCAUGUGCGAGCGCAUCCUGGGCGCACAGCACAAGGACACCGUGUUCCGGCUCAUGUACCGCGGCGCCGCGUACGCGGACAGCAUGCAGUACCAGCGCUGCAUCGACCUGUGGCAGUACGCGCUCGAGCUGCGCGUCGCCAGGGACACGCUGCUGCACACCGAGGCCGGCCAGGCGGCCGCGGCCCUGGUGCGCCUCUACCUGGACAUGCUGGACAAGGGCCGCGCGGGGUUGCUGCGCGACCGACUGCGGCUGGACGACGUGCUGGCCACGGCGCGGCUGCUGGUCGACCGGUGCGGGGAGUCGGCGCGGCUGCUCCGCGAGCGGCCCGUGUACCGGCGCCACCUGGACAACUUCGACAAGCUGCUGCGCGUGCUGACGCACCUCCUGCACGUGCUGCACGCGCUGCCCAAGCGCGGCGCGGACGACGAGGCCGCCGUGCGCCGGCUGGUGUGCCGCGCGCUGGCGCAGCAGGCGCGCACCGCGUCGGGCGACUCGCUGCUGCACCUUGUCGUGAGCCGCGCCAACACCAUGAAACCGACGGCCUUCUUCGAAGAGGCGCACGCGCACGUGUUUCCCGACGCCUCGCUGGCCGCCCUGCUGCUUGACUGCGGCGCCGACGUCGAGGCGUGCAACGAGGCCCGCAGCACGGCGCUGCACGUGGCCGCGCUGCGCAACAACUUCGUGCCGGAGGUGGUGCAGACGCUGCUGCGCCACGGCGCCCACCUGGACCGGCGCAACGCCAACGGCAACCAGCCGCACCGCAUGCUGGCCGGCAUCGGCGAGUGCGUGCUCAACCCGCUGCAGCACAUCAGCCUGCAGUGCCUGGCCGCGCGCAAGAUAGUCGAGCGCCGCAUCCCGUUCGCGGGCGAGGUGCCCAGCGCGCUCGAGAACUUCAUCCGCAUCCACUAACGCCGGUAAUGAAUGAGCACAGCUAUGCAACAAGCAAUAACCACCAUAUGCAAGUACACGUUUAUCUUUUUACCAGCUGUGUGGCACGAGUGGUGCUAUGCAGGCAACCUCAGGAGGGACCCUCCUUACGAAAGGCCAGUUGCUUCAUUACUGGGUAUGGUGUUUUCUCCCGUCUUAGGGACCAUGUGUUUGUGCCGUGUUUUAAUGUACCAUUUUAGCAGGCAUUUGCCGUUGAUCUGAAAUUGUUGCCUUGCUUAAACGGCUGUAUUCUGUUGAGAGACAAGUAAACAUGCAUAGUUUUUGUGUAUGCCCAAACCAAGUGCCAAACUGAUGCAAGGUGUGACUUGGCUGCAUCCAAAGUGUGCAUUUCAUGCCAGAAGGUCUCGACUAGUUAUGCUGCAACCAUCUGGUUUGAGCUCAACUGGACUGAAUGUGACUGUUGGGGAAGGACAAGCUGUUGGUCUGGUUUAUGCUUUGUGAACCUGCCUUUCUAUGGGUGGGAGUGGUGGCCUUUCAAUAAAGCAUCAUUGCAGUAUGAUGCACACUUCCAUUGCAUCAUUCACCCAGCACACGUGGUAACGCGAGGUGCACCUGUCAAAUCGGUAAACACAUUGGUUGCACACACCUCUGUGAUGUGCCACUAUGCAAGCCUGUUGAUAGCAAGUGCUGCUGAAGGGACCCGUGAUGGCAGUCAAGGUGUAUGUGAGCUAGUUGAUUCAUGAAUACUGCUGUAGCCCGCAUGAGUGGCACUGAGUGUGACAGUCAAGUAGUGUGCUUCAUGUGAUGGAAAAAAUACCAGCUAGUUUAGCAUUUCUCACUGUGAAACUUGCUGCUUCCAAUAAGUUGUGUUAAUCCACAUCGUCAGGCAAUGGUUGGUGCAUCAUUCCCAAAGAAUGCAAUGGUAGCAAAGUGCUCGAGAUAAUCUACCGUGUCUUUGGUGAGGCAUAAAGUAGGUAGCAGUGUGUUGGAACACAUUGGUAGCUGAGUGUUGAUAAGGUCCUGUUUGCAGAUCAUUGUCCUUGCUUCCAGUGGAAUACUCUUUUAUAUGCACUUUUGGCUAUUGUUUGCAGUGGCUGAGAAUGUAAACUGAUAACGGCCAGCUUUGCGAUUGCAGCUGUGCUGUGUUGUAAGGCUUGUGUGAGGCAUAUAUGAGUGUAGAGCCAUUUGCUGCCAUCAUAACAAAUGCGUUGCAAGGUUAUUUGUGCUUUUAGCAUAAAUAUUCACAACUGGACAUUAUCAGCUUUGUGCUCUGGAUAUGUUAAUGUUUUAUGUUACUUGCUGAGCAAACAUUUAAAAAAUUUGUCAGGCUACUAUG